UGUGUAGCUAUUGGUAUUUUGGAAAACUUUGUCAAAAUCAAUGCAACGACAACUGUGUAAGGUCGUCUGGGGCGAAAGUACUAUGCAAUCACGUGAACGGCACAUGCUUAUAUGGUUGCAAAGCAGGAUAUCAAGGAUCCCAUUGUGACAUAAAGUGUAAUAAUGGAUCUUUUGGCAAAGACUGUCAGAAUAAAUGCGACAGCAACUGUUUAAGGUCAGGGGUGAAUGCCAUAUGCGAUAACGUGAACGGCACAUGCCUAAAUGGUUGCAAAGAUGGAUAUCAAGGAUCCCAUUGUAAUAAAAAGUGCAGCUAUUGGUUUUUUGGAAAACUCUGUAAUAAUCAAUGCAACAUCAACUGUGUACGAUCUGGGGCAAAGGCACUAUGCAAUCACGUGAACGGCACAUGCUUAUAUGGUUGCAUAGCAGGAUAUCAAGGAUCCCAUUGUGACAUAAAGUGUGAUAAUGGAUCUUUUGGUAAAGACUGUCAGAAUAAAUGCAACAGCAACUGUUUAAGGUCAGGGGUGAAUGCCAUAUGCGAUAACGUGAACGGCACAUGCUUAAAUGGUUGCAAAGAUGGAUAUCAAGGAUCCAAUUGUAAUAUAAAGUGUGAAAACGGAUUUUUUGGCAAAGACUGUCAGAAUAAAUGCAACAGCAACUGUUUAAGGUCAGGGGUGAAUGCCAUAUGCGAUAACGUGAACGGCACAUGCAUUUAUGGUUGCAAAGCUGGAUUUCAAAGAUCCCAUUGUGACAAAAAAUGUGACGAUGGUAAAUGGGGCAUAAACUGUACAAAUGAUUGUGGGAAAUGUUUAACUACACCAUGUUACCAUGUGAAUGGAUAUUGCCAAGAUGGAUGUGCUGCUGGUUAUAAGAAGACAAGGGAUUGCCACACUGAAUGUGACACUGGGACAUAUGGCAAAGAAUGUAAAAUCCGUUGCAGUAAUAAUUGUGUCGAUGCAUGUGAUAAAAAAACAGGAGUGUGUUCUGAUUGCAAAACUGGCUGGAAAGGAGACAGAUGCACUGAAGAAUGUGACACUGGGACAUAUGGCAAAGAAUGUAAAAGCAGUUGCAGUAAUAAUUGUGUCGAUGUAUGUGAUAAGAAAACAGGAUUGUGUUCUGAUUGCAAAACUGGCUGGAAAGGAGACAAAUGCACGGACGUAUGUGAAAAUGGAACAUAUGGUGAUUCCUGUCUAUUCAACUGCAGCAAGAAUUGUGAAGGAAUUUGUAAUAAAAUGAACGGGACGUGUAAUCAGUGCCGUCAAGGCUGGUCAGGAGAUUUCUGUGACAAAGCGUUGAUUGAAGAUUUUCCACCAUUCACUGACGACACCUCUGCUACUUCCGGAAUAGUUGGUGCUUUGACAGCAGUUGUUAUUUUAGUGUUGUUGAUAGGUGUCGCAGUAUUCAUAUACAGAAGGAAACAAAAUACUGAAAGGAGAAACAACGAAUCAAAAACUGUUACCGAAUCUAUUCGAGAUAUUAAAGAUGACAGGGCAAAUGUAAAACUGGAUGAACCAAGCAACAGCGUGUCGUAUGUCAAUGCAUCGGAGCUGGUGCAUAAAAUGCGGGAAAUCAAUGCAGUAUCAAAUGAUAAAGGUAAUGGUAAAAGUACGUUUAUUGAAGAAAGGAAGGUAGAGGUAGAAUAUUGUAUCCCCAAAACUGCACAAGGAGUUCUUUUGUCAGAGUUUGAAACGUAUGUGAGAUCUGGACUAGCAAACACAGAGAUUUUCUUUCAACAGUUUCAGCAAAUACCAUACGGCAUGCAGUAUGCCUCUGAUGUUGCCACGAAGCCAAAGAACCAUUGCAAGAACAGAUAUAAAGCUAUGUAUGCAUAUGAUCAUUCUAGAGUGAUACUGCGAACACUUCCUGACCAGCCAGGCUCUGAUUAUAUCAAUGCAUCCAAAAUAAUGGGCAAUACUGGUAAGGUGUCAUACAUAGCAGCCCAAGGGCCAAUCUCGAGUACUCUCGGUGACUUUUGGAGGAUGAUAUGGGAGCAAACUGUUCGAACAAUUGUUAUGCUAACGAAUCUUACAGAAGAAGGGAAG